CACAUGGAUACAACUUACAAGCUCACACACAAAAAUUAAUUUACAAUUUUGUGUAUGUGAAUUUGUGAGUUUACGUAAGUAAGGAGUAUUAAUAGUGUAUCGAAAUGGCACUUCAAACAACACUUUACAAUGUUUUCUUCAAAAGAACAUCAACAUUUCUUCUAACCAUUAUGGCUGGUACGUUCCUCUUUGAACGUGGAGUUGAUGUUACAACUGAUUACAUCUUCGAGACUUACAACAAAGGGAAACUUUGGAAAGAUAUCAAACACAAGUACGAGUAAUCACUGGAUAAUAAAUUUAAGUUAAUUAGUGAUUAUAAACUCAAAAAAAAAAAAACAACAAAAAAAUCAUUAAAUAAAUUGAUUAUCUAAAAAUAACAAACUUUAAAUAUUCUUUUUUCUUUAUGCACAAAUUAAAUGUAUAUAAAGUUCUCUUGUGCAAAGCUGUUUAAAAAAAAAAUGAUAAAUAAAUAAAUAAACAAACAUAAAAA